AUGUCUGAAAAGCUUGACUCUUCAAACCACAGAUGCGGAUUGCCUGCCAAAUUAAUAUUUUUGUUCAAUUUAAAGGCCACACAACCUCGAGCUGCCGAGACUUUGCAAAUUUGCUACAGUGCCCCGAACAAAAUCCAGGGAAGAUCAUUAGCGGAUAAUUAUACAGUGCUAACCGAUGAUGUUAAAUGGUUCUUUCGAGGUGUGAGUAAUAUUGCCGGCACAAUUGAACAAAUGCUACCAAAUGUUACUGCUAACGAUGUUAAAACUAGAACAUUUUCUGAAAAUACCCGUGUAACAUUUUUAAUGGGUCUACGUCAUUUACUGGUGGGUGUUCGAGAAAUAUCGAUGACAUUUGAACAAAGCUUCAAAACCGAUCACAUUAAGCAGCUGCAUCAAUUGAAAAAUGCUACCAAUUUUGUUAACGAUAUAGUUGGCGCCAUGAAAAUGUGGUUCAGUCAAAUAAGAGCUCUAGUAGUGCAUCUCAUACAUCUUUAUAAUCGCUACAUACCAGAGGUGCUCUUUGGCAAAUGUGUUGGUAAUUACUUAGUUUCGGCAUAUCCUGAUCGUUCCUAUUACGAAUAUCCGUUUAUAAUUUUAUCGGAAAUGUAUUCGAGCAUUAUAACCACAACAACGACAACUGAAACAUCGGAAUUGUCAACUGAAUUACCUCUAAUCGAUAAUGAUUUAAAUAUGGAGCAAAAUGAAAUAUCUCACUCCGAUGUGGAUGAUUAUAACACGUCCUAUGGCUCAAAAUCACCAAGACAAUUGUCUGUCACGUCUACGGAAGCUGCUUCGAAUUCUGAAAGCUUUUUCGAUUUUAGUUCUGUGCUGAACGAAAGUAAAGAUAAAAUAAUUGAAAAUGCUGUUAACCAACAGUCGUGGCAGAUUUGUUUGAAAAUGUAUACAGCCGAAAGCAUUUCACGUUCCCUGAAAAGUUACUUCCUAGGUUUAUAAAAAAUGUGUGUACU